AAGUUAAGAAUAGGAUAUUGGGCCACUAGAAAAGCCCGAAAUUACAAUUAAGCCGAGAAGAGACGAGAAGAACGAUAAAGCAAAACACACAUCGAAUUACGAAUAUAAUCGAUUGUUACAAACGCGCUUAUUCCUUCAAUAAUCAUUUCCAUUCAAACUGUUUCGUCACUCUCUUCUUAAUUCUCUAUUGUCGGUGUUAAGGGUUUUCAUUCAGUUUUCACUUCAGAUUUCAAUUUCAUCAAACAAAAAUGGCAGAUGUAGCCGAUAAACUUGCCUAUUUCCAAGCAAUCACCGGUUUAGAAGAUCCCGACCUCUGCACUGAGAUCCUCGCCGCUCACGGUUGGGACCUCGAACUCGCUAUUUCAUCUUUCACCACUACAACCGCCGCAACAACCACCACCGACACCAACAACAACAACCACGAUGAUGAUGUUAAUCUACAAUCAAUUUCCGAAUCAGAACCGCCACUUCCUCCACCACCUCCCGGAUUAGCUUGGAAGCUAAUCAAAUUACCUAUCUCCGUGAUUUCCGGUAGUCUAGGGUUAGUUUCCGGUGCAAUUGGUUUGGGCUUAUGGGCUGCCGGUGGUGUUCUUUCGUAUUCCUUGGGCUUUGUAGGCUUAGGCUCGGGAAGUUCGUCUUCAUCGGCUUCGGGUUCUGCUUCGCCGUUGGUUUCUGUCUCGGCGGCGACUACUGAAGCUAUGCAAUUUGUUGCGGCUUUUGAGAGAGAUUAUGGAACAACUACGAAGCCGAAUUUUGUGAGUGAGGGUUUCAUGGAUGCGCUUCAGAGGUCAAGGAAUUCGUUUAAGCUUUUGUUUGUUUAUUUGCAUUCUCCUGAUCAUCCUGAUACGCCGUUGUUUUGUCGAAGGACGCUUUGUUCGGAUGUUUUUGUUGAGUUUGUGAAUCAGAAUUUUGUUUGCUGGGGUGGUAGUAUUCGUGCUAGUGAAGGUUUUAAGAUGAGUAAUAGUUUGAAAGCUUCUAGGUUUCCGUUUUGUGCUCUUGUUAUGGCUGCUACUAAUCAGAGAAUUGCCCUUCUUCAACAGGUUGAAGGUCCAAAAUCCCCCGAGGAGAUGUUAGUGGUACUUCAGAGAGUGCUUGAAGAAAGUUCCCCAGUUCUUGUUGCAGCAAGGCUUGAUGCAGAAGAAAGGCGUAAUAAUGCACGCUUAAGGGAGGAGCAAGAUGCUGCAUACAGGGCUGCACUAGAAGCUGAUCAAGCUAGGGAACGACAGAGAAGAGAAGAAGAAGAACGUCUUGCAAGGGAAGCUGCUGAAGCUGAGAGAAAGCUCAAGGAAGAAGAAGAGGCACGUGAAAGAGCAGCGCAGGAAGCUGCAGAGAAACAAGCAGCAUUAGCUAAAUUACGUGAAGAGAAAGCUCAGUCUCUUGGUGAAGAACCUGAAAAAGGACCUAAUGUUACACAGGUUUUGGUACGGUUUCCAAAUGGUGUACGCAAGGAUAGGAGGUUCAACAGCACAGUGACAAUUCAAUCUUUGUAUGACUAUGUUGAUUCAUUGGGUUUGUUAGAAGCCGAGAGUUACAGCCUAGUCUCUAAUUUUCCUCGGGUUGUUUAUGGACAAGAAAAAUUGACACAGUCAUUAAAGGAAGCUGGAUUGCAUCCUCAGGCCAGCCUGUUUGUGGAGCUCAGCUCAUGAGGAUAGAAUUUGGCAAACUUGCAGAUAGGGGACUCUGGUGUCUCAUUUCUCUGUUAAAAAAAUUGACUUGAUGAACUUUAUAAUGUUAGAUAUAAUAGAUUACUGUGGUUACCGUAGUUUUUUGCUUCUCUUAUUUUCCAUUGAAUCAAGCAUAUAGCUUUACAUGGAGAUGAUUUUAGUAUAAUGAUAUAUAAUAUACUCUGUUUCCAAAUAA